AUGACCAAAGAAAAGACCAUCGGCGGCAGUGUUGACGUCGGCGACGACCACGUCGCCGCCCUCAUCCGCGCCAUGGCCCCGGUAGACUUCUCCUCCCCGUUCGACAAGUCAGGCGUCGCCGGCAAAGUGAUCCUCAUCACCGGCGGGGCAUCCGGUCUAGGCGCCGCAUUCGCGCGCGAGUGGGCCUCGCACGGCGCCUUCAUCUUCGUCGCCGACCUGGACGACAAGCGCGGCGAGGAGCUGGUUGCCGAGCUGCGCCGCACGACGGGCAGCCCGCAUCAUCACUACCAACACUGCGACGUGACCGACUGGGACAGCCAGGUCGAUCUCUUCAAGGCUGCGGUGCGCGCCAGCCCGACCGGGGGCAUCGACGCCGUCGUCCCCAACGCGGGCAUCGGGCACGACUCGGGCAAGCCGGGCGAGCCGGGAAACUUUGGUGACCCGUUGGACCUGGACGGGGAGGCGCCGCCGCCGCCCAAGACAAAAGUGCUGGACGUCAACCUCACGGGUGUCUUGUACACGGUCCAGCUGGCCAUAUUUUGGCUGCUCAAGAACCCAGCCCCUCAAAAGGAUGAGGAUGAGCAAGCGGGAGCUCACGCGACAGGAAAUGGUGAGACGGCAGAGGACAAACAAAAACGCAUCACAAAGUGGCACAAGCAGCGAGACCGCCACAUCCUCCUCAUGGGCUCCAUCGGCGGCAUUAUGCCGCUGACGGGCUCGCCGCAGUACACGGCGUCCAAGCACGCCGUGACGGCGCUCUUCCGCUGCCUGCGCGUGACGUGCUUCUGGCGCGGCAUCCGCGUCAACAUGCUCAUGCCAUGCUUUGUCGAUACGCCCAUGGUCCCCAACGGGGUCAUGUUUUUGCUUGCUGGUGGCGGCAAGGCGACGGUUGAGGAUGUGGUGGAUGCCGCAACGCGGUUCAUGGCAGUCAAGGACGUCUGUGGCAGGGCUGCGGUUGUGGGGCCGCGGAUGAAGGUCGAGGACCUCGGGGUGGAGGAGGGGCAGAGCGCGAGGAUCGUAGAGAUUGAGCCGGGAAAGACGAACACGGGGAGGGGUGGGGUUUGGCCCGGUAGCCAGGCGGCUUGGGAGUGCUACGCCCACGACUAUGAGAACUGCGAGACAUUUGUGUACCGGUACACGCGGGUCCUGGCAGGCUAUACUGUCCUCAGGGGGUGGGUAGGGUGGUGGAGGGAUGUUUUUGCCUUGAUGUUUAGAAAGGCAUCAGCCUGA